AUGAGCUUCCUUUCACGCCUGGUUACAUUAUUCGGGCUCGUCCUGCUUGUCCAUGCGGGAUACUCCGCCCACGAACAUACAGUCCUCUUCAGCAACACGAGGCUGACAUCCGCAAGUGCCCUCCCACAAGACAUUAUCGCAGAAGUGCUGGUCUCCGUUGCAAUCGUGUCCAUGGGACUCGUCCUGGGCGCAGAGAAAUUGAAGCCUAUUAGCUGGCGCGACUGGGCUGGUGAAAUUGAGAAAGAGGGUGGUGCCCGCAACCCUUACCUUGGUCUCGAGCAACGCCAUGGUUUCUGGGAUAUUCGGGCUAAACGAAAAGAAUUUGCGGACUGGGUUCGGGGCGAUGACAUGGUGACCCAAAAGUGA